GCAGCUCCUGGAACCUAUCAUGCUGAAGUAUUUGGACCUGUGUGUUGAACUGAAGAAGUCUCACAUGGCCAAAGAGGGAUUAUAUCAGUAUCGGAACAUUUGCCAAGCAGUGAAUGUUGCCUCCCUGGAGAAGGUGGUACGGGAUUACCUGCAAAUGGCGGAGGACAAGACAGAGAAAGCAAGGGAGGAGUCGCACCAAGCUGUUGUAGACAUUGAUGACCUAGAUAACAUGAUGACACCUGAGAGCAUCCUCCUGAGUGCUGUGAGUGGAGAAGAUGUCCAGGACAGGACAGACAGAGCCAUUCUCACCCCUUGGGUGCGUUUCCUCUGGGAAUCAUAUCGCCAGUGCUUGGACCUGCUCCAUGUCAAUGCACGUCUGGAAAGGCUCUAUCAUGACAUUGCUCAACAGUCUUUCAAAUUUUGCCUCAAGUAUGGACGAAAGACUGAGUUUAGGAAGUUAUGUGACAGCCUUCGGAAGCACUUGGCAAAGAUUGUGAAGCAACAAGCAUCUGGUGUGACUGCCAGCAAUUUGAAUAACGCAGAAACUCAAGCCAUCAAUCUGGAGACUCGAUUGGCUCAGCUUGAUAUUGCCAUCCAGAUGGAACUCUGGCAGGAAGCAUACAAGGCAAUUGAGGACAUUCAUGGACUCAUGAACCUGUCCAAGAAAAUGCCAAAGCCACAAAUGAUGGCCAAUUAUUAUCAGAAGUGCGCUCUGGUGUUCUGGAAGGCUGGGAAUCACCGCUUUCACGGAGCAGCAUUGUUUCGGUUGUAUCAACUAUCCAGGGAUCUGAAGAAGAACGUCAGUAUCACUGAGCAGCAAAAGAUGGCUAGUCAGGUUCUUUUGGCAGCACUUGGAGUCCCACUGCCCUCCAGUCACCCAGAAUUUGAUAGGUUUAUUGAGACAGAAAAGAGUGCCAUGGAGAAUCUUCAGAAGCUGGCUGUGCUCCUUGCUCUUCCGUCUCCUCCUAACCGUGCUGGACUUGUUCGGGACUUGGUUCGCUACAAUGUCAUUCAGUUGGCUCCACCUCCCUUGCAGGAGCUUUAUAACUUGCUGGAGGUUACAUACUCACCCCUGAAGCUCUGUCCAAGAGUGCAGAAAAUCUUAGAUCAUGUAGAAAACCAUGAGGAUUUGAAGAGCUUCUCUCAUUACAUACCAGCCAUCAAGAAAAUGACCCUUGUUCGGCUCAUUAAGCAGCUGGCACAAAUCUACCAGACAAUUGAACUCAAGCGCAUGUUGGAGUUGGCAUGCUUCACAAAUUCCUUUGAGCUGGAGAGGAUCAUAGUGGAAUUGGCACGUCACAACGACAUGCAGGUCCGCCUUGACCAUCAACGUGGCUGCAUUCAUUUUGGUACGGACUUGAGUCAAGCACAACGUGAGGACCUACCAGAAGGCCCAUCUCUUCAGUCUAUGCCAUCAGAAGAGAUCCGAACACAACUGAUUCGAAUGCAUCAUGUCCUCAGUGAGGCUUUCCUCACCAUUCAGCCUGAGCAUUUACAGAUCCAAAGGGAUGCCAACAUGAAGGAACUUGUCCGCAUCUAUGAGAAGACGAAGGCAAGGGAGCACCAGCGUAUACUCAGCCGUCAACAGAUCAUAGAAGAUCGUAAGGAGCUGCUGGAGAACCUGACUCUGCAGCGCGAAGAGGAGGAACGACGUGCUCAGGAGGAGGCACUGCAUCGACUCCGUGAGGCUGAGCAGCAACGUCUGGAGCGGGAGCUCGAAGAGAGGGAAGAACGGCGGCGGAAGGAGGAGCAACGUGCCAUCACUCAGCGACAAAUCAAGGAUCGCCUCGACCAGCUUUCCCAGACCCCACUGGGGAUGAAGAUCAUCGCCAAGCUUGAUGAUGAUGAAAUCAAGCAACUGGAUGCUGAUGCCAUAGUGCAGAAGCAGGUGGAGGAGCUGGAGAAGGAAAGGCAGGAGAUGCAGGCUCGCAUGAAGGCUCAGUUCAAGAAAGUGGAUCACCUUGAAAGAGCCAAGCGUUUGGAGGAAAUCCCACUUCUUUCUGCUUAUUUUGAGAAGGAACAGGCUACCCAGAAGGAAUAUUGGGAGGCAGCAGAGAAAGAGCGUAUUGAAACCAUCCAAGAGGAACGGCAGCAGUCCCUCGCUCAUCAUCAUCGCUUGGCUCGCAUAACAGAUGAUUACAAGGCUUUUGUAUCUAAGCUGAAGAAGGAAAGGCAGUCAGCAUAUCAGGCACGGCUCAAGGAAUAUGAGAAGACUGUGGGAGAAGAGAGAAAGAAGAGAUUGGAAGAAAGGAAAGAGAAGAGGAAAAUAGAGAGAAGAGAGAAGUGGCUGAAGGCAAAGGAGGAGGAAGAGGUGAGGAAGAAGGAAGAAGAUAUCAGAAGGCAAAUAGAGGAAGAGAAGGAAAAGGAAAGGAAGGAGAGGGAAAAACUGGAUGCAUUAGCAGAGAAGCAAAAGCAAAAGGAGAGAGAAGCCGAGGAGAAGCAGCGGAGACUGGAAGAGGAGUUAAUGCGAGAGAAGGAAAGGGAACGGGAGGAUAGAGACAAAGACCAUCGGGUGCAAAAUGAGGACAACUGGAGACGGAAGGAAAGGGAUGGUGGUGGAGCUGGAGAGUCAGACAGCAGGAAGAAUCCUACCCCUUGGAGACCUGCUAGGGAGAGAGGAGAGGAAUGGCGAAGGAGGGAGCAAGCAAAGGAAGAGCAAUAUGCACCACGGCGAGAAAGGGACUUUGACGAUCGGGAUCGAGACAGGGACCGUGAUCGAUGGGGAGAUCGCAGGGACUUUGGUGAUAGGGAUAGGACCAGGGGAAGGGGAUAUGAUCGAGAUCGGGAUCGGGAUCGAGACUUUGGUGGCCCGGAUCGAGAUCGGGAUCGAGAUAUCCGGCGAGCUCCUGAGGAGACCUCGUCAUGGCGCAGAGGAGGAGAGAGAGAUGAUGACAAGAAAGUGGAUGAAAAGAAGCCCACUGGAGACCAUGAUUCUUGGCGGGAGUUCCCUCGGGAUCGAGAUCGAGAUAAGGACUUCAGGCGGGAUCGUGAUCGUGAUCGUGACCGUGACCGUGACGUGACCGUGACCGUGACCGUGAUCGUGAUCACGAUGACAGGACAAGGGGGCCCCCUGCUGUACGUGAUGAUGGUGGCUCUUGGAGAACUAGGGGGGAUCGCGAUAGAGACAAGGAAAGGGAACCCCCACCUAUCAGGGACAGGGAUGAUGAAAGAAGGGGAGGCAGGGGAAGGGAAUGGAGAGACCAUAGGGAUGAUCGAUUUGAAGAUCGAAGAAGAGUCGAUGACGAUCGCGAUCGCGGAGUGUGGAGAAGAGAUGACGAUCGAGACCGGCGUGGUGGAGGAUUUGGUGGGCCCAGACGCUUGCCAGCCGGCAAGGAUGCAGAUCGUGAUAAGGAGCCACCAGGUUAGCCUCUUUGAUGGUGUUCAUCAGGCUGGAGCAGACUCACCAUGA